UAUUCUUUUUCUCUUGAUAUACCAAUCUCUCACUAUCUUAUGUAUUUGUAUGUACAUAUCUCUAUCUCUUUGAGUUUGACCCGUUGCCACCUACCGGCAGCUUCUUUGCUCCCCUCCAAUGUCCUACCCCACCACCCACCCACCUAUACUAUCUUUCCUUUUCUAACUCAAAAGAGUACCAAAAAACUCUCUACUUUACUAGCCUUGCAUCUCUUUCAGAGCCAUCCUUAUAUUUAAACCGCUCCUUUCUCCUUUUCUUUUCUCCCUUUCGAUUUCUUCAAACCCUAAUUCAUCAAAAAUAAAGUUAUGAACCUAUUUGGUUUUAUUUUUAUUGGAUGUGGUCCAAGAAGCCAACUCAAGGAAGUUCAACAUAUGGGUUUUAGUAAAUACUAGACUUUUUCUUCUUUAAUUGUCUUUUUAGUGAAGAAAAAUUAAAGGUAUGGAUUCUGGGAAUAGUGGGAGUAUGCAAUCUUCAAGUGGUGGUGAUGAAGAUUAUGAUGAUUCACGUGGAGAAUCUAUUUCUACUUUUUUGAAUAAUAGUAGUAAUAAUAAUUCACUUGCCCAUUUUGGUUCAAUUCCAUCUCAUAAUAAUAGUAAUAAUCCUUCUUUUCUUUCUCAUCACCAUCAACAACACAACCCGAAUAAUACUUUCUUUGAUACUGCUGCUAGUUUGUUCCCACAAAGUUCAAAUCCUCCGUUCAACGCGAACGAUCUCAUUUGGUCAUCAUCAUCAACAACAUCGUCAUCUCGGGCUUUAAGAUCUGAUCAGAGUUUGAAUUUUAUCUCAUCAGCUCCAUCAUCAAAUGUUACUGCUAGUGGUCAACUCUUUCAUCAUCCUAAUCAAAACCCUUUUCCGGGUUCAAGUUCGUUACAAGCAAUGCAACAACCAUCCAUGGAACCAACGAAUGUUGCACGGGCCUCAAGCUCGGCCCAGCCCGAUCAACAGCCCAAUGUAGCGAAGAACCCGAAGAAACGCACAAGAGCCUCACGGAGAGCGCCAACCACCGUGCUAACUACAGACACGACGAAUUUUCGACAAAUGGUUCAGGAAUUCACCGGAAUCCCUACGGCUCCGUUCACUGGUUCACCCUAUACUCGCCGUCUUGAUCUGUUUUCGACAGCUGGAUCGGGGAUGAGGACGGGACAUUUGGAUUCACUUGGACCAUUAUACCCUUUAAGGCCAUCAGCACAAAAGGUUCAAGUAUCUCCAUUUAUGUCACAAUUAUCAUCUCCUCCUGCAUCUUCGUUGAGUUCUAGCAUGAUUGAUGCUUUAAUGCCUGGAAAUAACAACUCUAUGGUUGGUACUACCUCGGGCUCUACCUCUACUUCAACAAAUUUCCAGUUAGGUAAUUCAAAUCAUGUUGGAAUACAAAAACAAGCGCAAAACUUGUUCAACAUGCAGAAUCAAAUUCUUUCAUUCAAUACUGGAUCAACCAUUUUCAACACAAAGCCUUCAGGAGGCGGAAGCAGUACUACGAUGAAUGUUCCUUCGUUAGAUGAACUUGGAAUAAGUCAUGAGCAACAAGUGAGUGCAAAUCUGAUCAGUGGAUUUCAAGGAGGGAAUAAUAGUAAUAAUAAUGUUAGUAGUCAAGGAAGAAAUGAUGGAAAUAAUCUUUCAAGAUUGUGGAGAAAUAGUAAUAAUAAUCAUGAUGGGGGUCAAGAAAAUCAACGGCUGAGAUCAUUCGAUGGGAAUAAUAGUAAUGCUGGAAACUACAACAAGUUAAAUUCAGGUAAUUCUUCAACAUCAGAAUUUCAUCCUGAGAUUAAUAACGGUUUGGAAAAUGUGUGUUCUACUGGUGAAGGACCAGUUUCUUCAUGGACUUGUCCUGAUUGAUUAGAAUUAUUAUUAUUGUUAUUAUUUGUUUAAGAAAAAAAUAUUGUUGCUGACUAUAAAAUUUGAUGACUUAUUAGAUCAAUUUGGUAAGUUUUCUUUUUCUUUCUAUUAAUUUAUUUUUGGUUUAAUUAUAUACGUUGUAAUACACAUGUAGAUAUUUUGUACUACGUACUCUUUUUGAUGAUGUUUAAAUAUUUGGUAGAAUGAGAAUUUUGAAUUUUGUAGUAUUAUA